AUGAAUACAGAGACCAAUGAUGAAACGAAAUCAAGAUCAAUGUCCCCAUUACCUUCAAAUAACACGACUAUACUUGGGGAGAUAAAAACAGGCACACCGAUAGAUCUAACUGUCGACAAUUCAAUAAUUCAACAACAAGAAACAGAAUACCCUGUGCAACCACUCCAGCAACCUGAACUUCAAACGAAUCAUCAACAAUUUGAAAAUAUAACUGGAAAUGUUACUAAUGGACUGUCCGGUAUUGAUGCUAUAGAUUCAAUAGAAUUGAUGCAGAAACAGGUUCAGGGACAAGAACAAACAUUAGAAAACACCCAAAAUGAAGAAGAGAAAGUAAUUGAAAUGCAAGUUGAUAACGAAGAGGACGAUGAAAAGGAAGAAGACCCUAUUGACAAAAUGAGAUCAAUGGAAGUUUUACCUGAUUUAUUUAACUUGUUAUACGAAUUGAAUAACAGCGAUAAUACAAAAGUAACAGCGAAGGAUUUUGAUAAAUACCUAGGCAGUUUGAGAUUGAAAUUGAGCAAUUUCAAGGAUUCAAUGCAACAAAUUGACAACAUCAAUGAAACACUAGUCAACACGUUUGAUAAGAUAGAAAAGCUAAAACAGAACAACCAUAAUAAACAAAGUUUCUUGUUGCAGCUUAAACAAAAAGUAGACCAAUGUUUAUAG